AUGCUGCUGUUGGAACAUCAUGAAGUCAAGGAGAUAGUGUUAGGCACUAGUUGCAAACCUGAAUCUCCAGCAGCAGAUGCUGCCGAAACAGUGAAGUCAAAAUAUGAGAUUGAUUCUAAGGUGUUUAAAAAACGAAAUGCUCUUGCUCAACUAGUUUUAAUUAGUAGUCUGAAUGAUACUAACAUAGAAGUAACUGCAACGUGUAAUACGGCAAAAGAAACAUGGGAGAAAUUGACUUCAAUCUACGAACAAAGUUCAGGUCAGAGAGUAGAUAGAUUGUUAGAACAAUUCUUUACACUUGAAAAGACAGUGACUGAAGACAUAGCUACUCAUGUUGGUCGUCUUGAGCGAAAUUUUCGUGAGUUGAAUGACGAAAUGAAGAAAUUAAUAAAAACUGAGUUACCAGAUUUGUUAUUAAUGAGUCGCGUAAUGUCAACACUACCUGCAGAAUAUUUUGAGUUUAUAAGCGUUUGGGAAUCAGUUUCAGUAGAAGAGCGUACUUUGAAUAAGUUAACUGAACGUCUUCGGUUAAUUGAAAUGAGACUUCCCAAUAAACACAGUGAAUCAGUUGCACUCGUGGCGAAAUCCACGAAGAAGACGACUCAAAAGAAAGCAUUGAAGUGCUUUAAAUGUCAUAAAUUAGGUCAUUAUGCAAGUAAAUAUCCAGAAAAAUUGACUAGUAAAUCUUUAAAUGCAGGAAGCUCGGAGAACACAUUACUAGAAGUUGAUGCACUCGUUUGCACAAUGGAAAGUGUAAAAGAAAAAGAGCCUGGUGCAUACGUUUGUACAAUGGAAGGUAUAACGAAGAAGAGCUGUGGCUAG